AUGGUUAGUUCAAAGAUAUUACAAGAUGUAAAAAGAUCAGGACUAUUUUCUGUUAUAAAUGACACUACAACUAAUAUAGCAAAUGUAGAACAGUAUACAUUUAUUAUUCGAUUUGUUAGCGAAGAAGGUAAAGUGCAAGAAAGACUUGUAGCUUUAGCUGCUGCACCUGAUGCAACUGGGUUAGGAAUGUUCAAUGUAUUUUGCGAUAUUACAGAAAAAUACCAAAUAAACUGGAAAGAAGAGCUUAUAGGUCAGGCGUAUAAUGGAGCCAACUCCAUGCAAGGUCAGUAUUCAGGAUUAAGAACAAGAAUUCAAAAAGAAAAACCCCGUGCCGUUUACAUUUGGUGUUCAGCUCAUUUAUUAAAUUUGGUGGUUGUAGACACUUGUGACUGUUGUACUGAUACUAAGUCAUUUUUUGGUGAAAUAGCGAGUAUAGUAGAAUUUUUACGUGCAAGAAAGCGCAAUGCAGUUUUUUUAAAAUAUCAAGAAAUUAAAUAUCCUAAACAACGAAAACGUCGUCUUAAAAGAUUUUCAAACACUAGAUGGACUUCUCAUGAUAGAGUUUUAUUAGUAAUCUAUAAAAAAUUUAAUGCAUUGGUUGCUUCACUAGAUGAAAUUUCUACUGGGAAAGAUUUUGAUAGAGAUUCAAUGUCAUAUGCUAAAAGCUUAAAAAAUAUUAUAACUUCAUUUAAGUUUGUCUUGAUAUUAAUAUUUAUGAGAAAUAUUUUUGCUAUUACUACAGAAGAAUCUAAAUAUUUACAAUCUAUAUCAAUUGAUUAUAUUGCUGCAAUAAAACUAGUUGAUGUAGCAAAACACCGUCUUCGAGUUAUGAGAUCAGAAGUAGGUUGUAUAAAUGUAAUAAAUGAUGCAAAAAAAUUUGCCAAUGAUAAUGGACUUGAGCAAAAUAGUUUUAAAGUUACAAGAAAAAGAACUAUAAAAAUUAUGCCUGGAGAAAAAGCAGCACACGAGACUUCAUCGUUACCAUCUGAAAAAUUUCGAAUAGAAGUUUACUAUGUAGUUUUGGAAACAAUUAUUAACUCAAUUGAAAUGCGAUUUAAGGGAUCUCGUGAAAUUUUAAAAGAUUUAUGUUUUUUAUCACCUCAGCGUAUGAUAGAAUUUACUAACAAUAAUAAAACCUUGCCAAUUGAUGCUUUUCAGAAUAUUUCUCAAUGGAUCCCUAGUAUUGAUUUAUCACUAUUAAAAGUAAAAUAUAUCACAUUCAGUAAUAAUUUAUCUGAACUGUUGGAAGGACAAGGACUUUAUCCAGAUAAAUAUGUGUUUAAAUAG